CUUCUCUCCUGAAGCCUGCCUGCGAUGGUGGAGGAAGACCCACAACCCUCUCUGAAGAAGUCACCAUUGCUUUUAUGCGAGCAGAUGUCAGCCUGGGAAGCCUGGCCAGAGCCAGAUCAAGUUGCUGCUGCCAGCUCUCGCGAGCUUUGUCUGGAAGAGUUGACUGAAAUGUCAGAGCCCUGCAAUUCACAGGCAGGGCGGCAGCUGCAUCCCGCGCGUCCCCAAAGCACUGCAAGAUUGCCACUUUGCAAACUUCCUCAUCCUUUUCUGCAGUGAUUCCGAAAUCAACAUGCAGACUCAGCAUACCAAGGUAAUCCAGACCCACUUCCUCCUAUGGAUUCUUCUGCUCUGCAUGCCUUUUGGGAAGUCACACACUGAAGAAGACUUCAUAAUUACAACCAAGACCGGAAGGGUCCGAGGGCUGAGCAUACCAGUUCUUGGUGGCAUGGUGACUGCCUUUCUCGGUAUCCCCUAUGCACAACCUCCUCUGGGUGGCCUAAGAUUCAAAAAGCCGCAACCCUUAAACAAAUGGCCUGACAUCCAUAAUGCCACUCAAUAUGCAAAUUCUUGUUAUCAGAACAUAGAUCAAGCUUUCCCAGGCUUCCAGGGCUCAGAAAUGUGGAAUCCAAACACAAACCUCAGUGAAGACUGCUUGUAUCUGAAUGUUUGGAUUCCAGUACCGAAGCCUAAAAAUGCCACUGUCAUGGUAUGGAUCUAUGGUGGUGGCUUUCAAACUGGGACCUCUUCUCUACCUGUGUACGAUGGGAAGUUUCUAGCUCGUGUUGAAAGAGUUAUUGUAGUUUCGAUGAACUAUAGGGUAGGUGCUCUAGGAUUCCUAGCUUUUCCCGGAAAUCCCGAUGCUCCAGGAAACAUGGGAUUAUUUGAUCAACAGCUGGCACUUCAGUGGGUCCAAAGAAAUAUCGCUGCUUUUGGAGGGAAUCCUAAAAGUAUAACGAUUUUUGGAGAAAGUGCAGGGGCAGCUUCAGUGAGCUUACAUUUGCUCUGUCCCCAAAGUUAUCCUUUGUUUACCAGAGCCAUUCUUGAAAGUGGUUCCUCUAAUGCCCCCUGGGCAGUAAAGCAUCCUGAGGAAGCCAGAAACAGAACCUUGACCUUAGCUAAAUUUACUGGUUGCUCAAAGGAGAAGGAGAUGGAGAUGAUUAAAUGCCUUCGAAGUAAAGAUCCUCAGGAAAUUCUUCUGAAUGAAAGGUUCGUUCUCCCCUCUGAUUCCAUCUUAUCCAUAAAUUUUGGUCCAACAGUGGAUGGCGAUUUUCUCACUGAUAUGCCCCACACACUACUCCAACUAGGAAAAGUGAAAAAAGCUCAGAUCUUAGUGGGCGUUAACAAAGAUGAAGGGACAGCUUUCCUAGUGUAUGGUGCUCCGGGAUUCAGCAAAGACAAUGAUAGCCUUAUCACAAGGAAGGAAUUUCUAGAAGGUUUAAAUAUGUAUUUCCCUGGAGUGAGCAGAUUGGGCAAGGAAGCAGUUCUUUUCUACUAUGUGGACUGGUUAGGUGAGCAGUCGCCAGAAGUCUACCGUGAAGCUUUGGAUGAUGUUAUUGGAGAUUACAACAUCAUAUGCCCUGCACUGGAGUUUACCAAGAAAUUUGCAGAGCUUGAAAACAAUGCUUUUUUCUACUUUUUCAAACAUCGAUCUUCCAAACUACCUUGGCCGGAAUGGAUGGGAGUGAUGCAUGGCUAUGAAAUUGAAUUUGUGUUUGGCUUACCUCUGGGAAGAAGACUUAAUUAUACGAGAGCUGAGGAAAUCUUUAGUCGAUCCAUAAUGAAAACUUGGGCAAAUUUUGCAAAAUAUGGACAUCCCAAUGGGACCCAGGCCAAUAGCACAAUGUGGCCUGUCUUCACAAGUACUGAACAAAAAUACCUAACAUUGAACACAGAGAAGUCAAAAAUAUACUCUAAACUUCGUGCUCCCCAAUGUCAGUUCUGGAGACUAUUUUUUCCAAAAGUCUUGGAAAUGACAGGAGAUAUUGAUGAAACGGAGCAAGAGUGGAAGGCAGGAUUUCAUCGCUGGAGCAAUUACAUGAUGGACUGGCAAAAUCAAUUUAACGAUUACACUAGCAAGAAAGAGAGUUGUACAGCUCUUUAAUUAAUAGAUUUACCCUUUAUAGAAUGUUCAUUUUACUGUAGAUGAAGGCAAAUAUACCAGUAGCUCUCUCCAUAUAUACCAAGAAUGCUAUUACAGAGCAGAGAAAUGCCAAAUGAGGAUAUUGAUUUCUUAUACUUUUCACUUAGUAUUUUACCUAAUGCCUCAGAACUGAGUCAUUAGAAGUUGUUUUUUUUAUUAAUUUUCACAAUGUAAACUUUCAGAAUUAAUUACAUGCUGCGUUGAUAUUACUUUUCUGAAUAACAUUACAGCUUUUACCUAAAAGUUACAUCAUCUGCUUCUAUUCGAUCCAGUAUUUUCAGAGCUACCUAUAUAAAACUAUUGCUAAAAUCUGAAUUGGAUUUUGAAGCAAUGGAUAUUAUAAUUUAUAUUACUGUUGCCUAUAAUUUAUUUAUAAGUCUAGUAUCAAUAUCAAAUAGUAAAACAAACAAAAAGUUGGCUAUUCAUAUAUGUAGAGACAAGAGAGAAUAUCAAAGAAAGAGCCAUUGCAUCUGGGAAAUAAAAUAUGGCUAUCAACAAAAGCAAGGAAUUUCAAGUACUGUUGAAAAUCAUGCCAACUGGCUCUUCUGAGAGAUAUUUCAUGCUUCAGGCAUCAUUUCAUGAGCAUGAUUUGCCACAUGAAUCAUGUUCAAUCCAGAAUUCAACAGCCAAAGACAAUAUGUGGUUCUAAUAUGCACAGGAAUUCUAGAAUAGAAUCCUGGGCCUCACACUGUGCUAUAGGAUGGAUCGCAGAAAUCUGUCUCUGGGAACCCUUGGAGAUCUCAUCUUUAACAUAUUCACAGCUGAAACAAAAGUUUGGCUUAAAUUAUUCAUAGAUUAAGUGUCUGCGGACCCAAACUCCACACCAUAUCAGUCUUCCUUAGGGUUAGUGCUUGAGAAAAUGUAACACCAAACAAAGCCAUUGAACUGUCAAUUUAGGUGAGUUUGUAUUUCAUUCUGAAUAUAUGACAAAAAAGUAUGCUUUAUAUUGUAUAUAAAUAAUUGUUGAUAGUUAAGGCAGAUCAGAACAUUAUUUUGAUCAUCUAUUUAUAUACUGAAAAAUGUUUGUUAGCAGUUUAUAAGAACUAAAGUAACAAAUCUCUUCCAAAAAAGAAUCUCAUUAUAUUGAAUUUUCAUUUUCAAAAAUAGUAUGAUGAAGUUUAUAAUGAUGAGGAUAAUUUCAAAAGUAAUGUAAUUAAAUUCAUGUCAAUCAUAAUUUCUUUGAUGAUUAUUAGUAUAAUUUUAGCUAUGACACACUUAGCUCAAUGACUAAUAAAUAGGACAAUCUGCACCUUGAUGAAGAAGGACAAGAACAUCAAGUUAGUGAAAUUCUAUAUCACACUUGUAUGUACUGUACUCAACAGUACCUGUCCUCAUCACAAACUUGUUUGCAAAGGCAGUAUGUAAGGUGAGAGGGGCUUUGCCUAAAUAUAGUGUUAUUUGCCAUCCCUUUACACUGAAAUGUUAUCCAUGAGUAAUUUCCUUAAUCUACAAGUAACUUAAAUCCAACUUUCUUACACUAAUGGAAAAAGAAAAGAACAGGUGACUACCAGAUCUAAGAUGCAUACAAAUUGGUAUUAGGGUUAUCUCAAGGAACACUCCAGACAAAAUGAAUACAUAUAUUAAAAAGGAGUUUGUUUGAGUGCCUUAUGGAAUAUAGCCUAGUAUUAUAACAUUGUCUGUCUCACCCUGGAGAGGCCUAGAGUAUAGGAGCUGUUAAACACACAUGUUUGAAUGUGUCAGUAGUCACAAUAAAGUGCUAUAAGCCUAGAGAAUUCCUGGAGAGCAUCUAUCCUUGAGUUUAGUUUGGCAUGUCAAAGAAGUAGGUUCUAGUAUCAGUGAAGGUAUGCUACUGCAAGAAGAUCAAUGAACUUGACAGCAAGAGUUAGAGCAAACAGUUAAAAAGCAAAUUUCCCUUCUUUCAUGUCCUUUGAUCUAUGAGGCCACCAUAAGGCUUAUCUCAUGUUUAGGACUCAUCUUUCUAUUUCAAAUAUCCUCAUCAGAAAAAUCACUCACAGGAAUGCCCUGAAACUUGCUUGGAUUAACUUGAAUCCAGAUGCUGUCAAAGUGGCACCGUAAUUAGUCAUUACAAAUCCAUCCCUCAUCAGCAAUGACACAGAGCUACAUUCUCUUAAGUCAUGUUUUUAAUUUCAAAGGUCCGUGCAUAAUUCCACCUAACAUACUUUAACUAUCCCAUACACAACUGCAAGUGUGUUAUGUAUUUUAGAAUAGUCAGCAAAGUUUGUCAAAGAAUGCUUAGUCUUGUAGUGCCUUAUAACCUAAAUAUGAUAAUACAGAUUUACACUUAAACAAUAUUAUUUCCAUUGAUUUAUCAAUGCAUGAUAAACAUAUGGAGGGAAGAAAACACAAGUAAUUGAUUAAUAUAUGUAUAUGCAUAUAAACAUGUUUUAACAUAAUAAGACAAAAUCAUUCAUAUCAAUGAUAAUCAUGUCUUCAACAGAAUCUCCACUGUAUUUACUUACUAUCCAUUAUGUAUUUCUUCUACCUGUAGCAAGAAGCUUACCUUUACAGAUUUCCUGGAAUCAUAUCAACUAAAUACUACACAACAGGCCAUGCAAAGCUGACUGUUUAUAUUUUUCACUGUCUAUUUAUGCUAGUUAAAAGUCAUGAGUCCUUCCAGGAAAGGAUAGGAGGAAGGCUAAAAUUAAAACUCUUCAGCAUGUUAACAUGAUCCUGAGGGGGAACUGGCCUUCUCAUCAAGGAAUUCUAGGUCUCCUGGCUGACACAACUCUGGAAACUGACAGGCAAAUAUUCUUGAUUGCUAGAAGGAAUUUUAUCAUUCCUUGCUUUUAUUCUAGAGCAUUUCUAUAUACAUAGAUGAGACAACAGUUAGUAGUCUUCUCUUUCAUCCCUAGAAAAAAAAUAUGCUUAACUAUCCAGUACCAAAGGUCCGUAUGGGUCAGACUAUUACACAUAUUGCUUUGCCUGUACUGCCCAUUACAAUACCAUACUUGCUGUGUCUUUGGAAAUUCAAUGAUGCCACUUGAGCUCUGCUACUUUGGGGACCAACUGAACCCAUUACAAUUAAUUUAUCCACUGAGCAUUAGAAUCUUCAGCUCUAAGAUCAGAAAGAAAAACAACAAUGGCUGUUCAAAUGUACUGAUGUCUCUCCAAGCAUUUGGAGUGUUAACAUUCUUCAUGUUACCCCCUCACUGUUUUCUGCAGUGAGUGACAGGUAUGCUAGGCUCUCCCACAGUGAAGGGUUAGUUUUAUACAGUUUAUCUACUUCAGCAUUCCAAAUUCCCUGAGUCUUAAAAUUCCAUUCAUUACAAUAAACCAAGUAUUACCAACCAUUUUCAGUUUUUUAAAAUAGAAUAUCAUUUGAGAAAUACACAGCCUACCAAUAAAAUAAACCCCUUUUAACUGUGAAAGCUUCCAUAUUAAGUAUAGAAUAGCCAUUAAAUGGCUCCAUAUCAAUAAUCUCAGCCUGAUCCAGUUUUAUGCUCCUUUCACCACUAUCCUACACCCUUUGGAGCUAUUUUCAAACAUUCCCCCAGACUUCCAUUUGAAUUGAAGUUCAUUAAAUUCUUUAAAAAGUGUAGUAUACCUCACUUCUAUAAGCCUCCUCGUCUUAAGACUUCUUAAAGAUCUAUAGACAACAAUUUGUAGGCACCGGUGGACAUCUGCAUUAGCCUCCUUGGCACCUCCUUCAGGGAAGGUAAUUAUGAAUUCUGUGUAUAAUACAGAGUCAAUUCUCUUAGUCAAGAAUGGAGUGAACAAUGCUGAGUGGCAUAUGCUUGGAUCCAUCCUCUCUUCUAAGGGUUGUGAGACUUUCUCAGGUGAGAAAAUACAGUGGUGUGAAUGAGAAUGUCCCCCACAGGCUCAGAUAUCUGAACACUUGAUCACCAGUUGGUGUUGUUUGGAGGGUUUAAGAGGCACAGCCUUCCUGGAAGGAGUGUAUCACGGUGAAAAGGUGUUGAGAUUAUCUAGCAUCACCAGAUAUGGUUUCACACUUCCCACGUUCUACUUGUGUUUGAAGAUGUAAACUCUCAGUUUUCUGUUCAAAUCACCAUGCCUGAUGCUUGCUAUCAUACUUCCCAUUGUGGAUUGUUAUCUCUCUGAAUCAUAUGCACAAAAUAAAAACUUCCUUCUAUAAGUUC